CGAGAAAUGGUUGACUCACCCGUGUGUGUGAAGGGGUUUUCACUUACCUAAACUUUUGUUUUCGUGUUUCAUAUACAUGCAUCAUGAUGAUAUUUUCUUGCGGACUGAUGCAAAAUGUCAUCUAAAGCGUUGAUGCUGUUCGUCUGAUCGGUGGUGAGGUGUGCCUUACCUUUGCCUCCACCAGCAUGUCUUCUCACCUGGAGUGUGCUGAGGCUCAGCUGGCAGAGAUCGACCUGCUCACCAGCAUGUUUCCCACCGUGGAGGAGCUGGAGAUCACAGACCAGCUGGCUCUGGCCGAGCUCAGGGACUACGUGGAGGGAUCGGCUCCAGCAGACCACCCUCCUCCAUCCAGACCCCAAUUCACCAUCAAACAGAAGCUGGAGGGGGUGGAUUUCUUAGUAUGCUGUUGCUACCCAUCAGAUUAUCCCAAUGUUGUGCUCCCAGAAAUAACAGUCAGGUGCUGUGGACUCAGCAGGGCCCAGCAGACGGAGCUGCACUCGCGUCUCGGCGCCUACCUGACGGAGAGCUGCCAGGGGGAGGUGUGUGUGCUGGCCGCCGUGGACUGGCUGAAGGAAAACCUGCAGGACUUCCUUGGUAAAAGCUCAUCGGCGGCGCCGGCCGCUCAGAAGACGCCCGGCUCUCCGCGGCCGCAGGAAGCGUUCAGCCGACUGUGGAUCUACAGCCACCACAUCUACAACAAGUCAAAGAGGAAGAACAUCCUGGAGUGGUCCAAAGAGCUGGGCCUGUCUGGGUUCAGCAUGCCCGGGAAGCCCGGGAUCGUGUGCGUGGAGGGUCCGCAGUCGGCCUGCGAGGAGUUCUGGUCCAGAGUGAAGGUUCUGACCUGGAAGAAGAUCAUGAUUCGACACAGAGAAGAUGUUCGCCUCGAUCAGGAGGGCGACGGCAGUGGGACUGGUCAAAGUAUAGAUUCCCUGAGAAAAUUCACGGGUUUUGAAGAAGCGAUGUUCGACCCACACGGGAACAGAGGGAAUCACAUGGACCUGGGCCAGCUCUACCACUUCCUGAAUGAGAAAGGCUGUUGUGACAUCUUUCAGAUAUAUUUUGGUAUUGAAGGAAGAUAAAGACUGAGGUACAACAGAAAUAUUACACUCUCAAAGCUGUUUGUUCUUGAAAUGACACUUUGUAGAGUUUGAGUCACACAGUAGGUGGCAGUAUUGAGUCACUUUGUUCAUUCGUCUGGAUUUCAGUUUGACUGCUUUCGCUCUUUUCCUUUGGAGUUGAUGACAGUUUUGUGAGUAAAUUAUGUAAAUAUGACAACACCACAGUAUAAAAACCAAAAGAUUCAUCUUUUAUUCCAUAACUUUGCCUCCAGGCUCUUCGAGUGACUCAAUACGCCGCCUUGUGGUGUAAAGUUGUACAGCGAAACUAAUUGUGUAAUUUUGAUAAGUGGUUUAAUUGAUUCAUAUGGGCAACAUGUAGCAGUUCUAAAUGAAAAUAAAUGACUGUGAUCUUCAUCUGGGACCUCGCUGCGAUAAAAGGCUUUAAAGAACAUUUCUCUGAUUUGAUAAACACCGCGCUCCCACUCUGUUGACUUAAGUCACAUAAACAUUAAAACGAUGGUUAUCUCAGAUUUCUCAAGGACCUCAAUUAUAUUUGCAAUUUUAAUUCCUCAUCCUCGUGCUGCGGAUCACACCUUGCCCCAGGUGUUUGGCUCCUCAGAUAGCAGUAAUUCCAGGCCAUUACGGGAUCCUGAGGUCUGAUAAUACUUCACUAAUUGAACAACACAGUCAACAAUACGCUGCGUAUCUGCUUUCCAAAUCUGUUGAUUUGCUUCAUGUGAAUAAUAGAUAACACAACUGUGAAAAGUACUUUUCUAAUUUUCUGUCGAUGAUUAGUCAU